GACGAGUCCUCGGUCAUUCCUUUGACUUGCUGCUAGUGCACAAUCUUCGAUUUACACCAUGGCUCCCACCCUUGAAUUUGCCUUUACCCUCGAGGUCGACCUUUCCCCAGCGCAAGACUUCGGGAUCACCCACUGCGGUUACAGAAGAUUCAUCCCAAUCACCGGUGGAACUGUCGAGGGUCCCAAGCUCAGAGCUACCAUUCUCUCAGGUGGUGGAGAUUGGAACAUUCUUCGAGAUGAUGGUAUGGGCCAUGUAUUCGCCAAAUACACUAUCCAGGCCGACGAUGGGGCGUUGAUUAGUGUUACCAACGAGGGGUGGAUACGAAAGUUCGAAAAGAACCCGAACUCAGCUGGCGAUGACUCUUCUGGAAGCAAGCAAGAGUCGGAGUGGUAUGCUAGGACGAAUCCACGAUUUGAGGUGGCGGAUGGAAGUCAUGGAUGGCUAAAUCGAACAUUGUUUGUGGGAGACCUUCAUCGGCCCAGUCGACCAAACCAUGUUACAAUUGAUGGAUAUUCGGUGGAAUGAGAAUUGGUCGAGAAAUUCGUUCCGAACUAGAGGUGGAAAGCGGUUUUAGAGCUUCACUACCAGAUUUUUGAUGAUUGAUAUAGCCAGUUCCUCUAGUCCAGUAUAUGUUUUUCUUCCGGCUAGGCAAUUUUCUUCAGUGGACUCAUACUCAUGCCAGGGCGACCGCUCGGUGGAGAUGCCCGUCAGAUAGAGUGACGGCGAUCGCCGCGCACAAAUGGAAAUAUUCUAGGCAAACGAUUGGGGGGAAUCCUUUGUUUAAACUAUCUCGACCAGAAAGAUGGGAAAAUACCCUGACACAGGCCAGAGUACCUUGGAAGAUGGCAGAC